AGAGGCAGCUGGAUUCAUUAUCCUCAGAGUGUGCCCUGGAACUUGGAGAUGCACGGCUGUCCCGGGUGCUCGCGCAGGGCCGUGAUAUUCUGGCUCGUUGACACCGCUGGCCUGCUGCCUUACAUGGGCAAACCUCUCAACUGACUGCAGACGGCUGGAAUUUCAGAGCGUGACGUCACUACCUACAACUCUCCCAGAACUUGGAUCAAGAAGUUUCACUUUUUUGGUGUGAUUUGAACCUCUGUUAUAUUUCCUAGAAAGCGAGAUUUCAACACACAGUGAAGGGCAUUGCUUCAACAACCUUCUAGGAAUCCAGUACAUCCAGAGAGGAGAAAAGAACCAUGUGGAACAACAACGACCAGACGGGACAAGUAGCUGCCAGGAUGGAGACUACUUUGGGCAGUGCGAGCAUCUCCGUCUCCCAGCAGCAGGCACCCAAGAAAUUUGCCCCUGUGGUCGCACCCAAGCCCAAGUUCAACCCUUACAAACAGACGGGAGAGCCCACCCUCUCCGACCCUGCAGCGGAGUACCCUCCCCCUCCACCACCUGCGGAAGAGUCAACCGGUUUCUCUCCAUCCCCCGGUUCCUUCCCUCCUCCUCCACUGAUGAACUUGUGCGACUAUCAGAUGAAGGGACCAGAGAAGACCCUGGAGGAGAGACGCUCCAGUCUGGAUGCUGAGAUAGACUCCCUCACCAGUAUCCUGGCAGACCUGGAGAGCAGCUCGCCCUACAAGCCACGGAUCACACAAAACUCUGUAACCACUGCACCCUCCACCCCCAGUGCUCCAGUGACUGGUUACAAGCGUAUGGUCAUUCCAACCCAGCCGCCUCUGACUGCCACUAAGAAGUCUACGCCCAAGCCUCAGGCUCCAGGAGGGGUCUCGUCUUCUUCUGCCAGCCCGGUGGCCAAGCAUCAAAGCCACACAGCUCCUCAGCCUGUCCCAGCCUCCUACGCUACAGCCUCCACCCCAAGCCAGCCCACUUUCAAUGUUCAGGUGAGGUCAGCCCAGCCUGGCCCCCAGCAUCAAGCCCCAAUUGGGCACCAUUUUGGCCAGCAGCCCAUUCGCAGCCCUGCACAGGUGCAAUACAUGCCUGCCCAGCCCAAAGGUCCCGACUUUGCCUAUGGACCACCGCAGCCUGGCUUCUCUCAGAUGGCUCAGGGUGCAUAUCAAGAUCAGCACCAUCCAGGAGUUGCCCAAGUAGGUGGAUUAAGCUCCAGGAGAGCUGAGGCUGCCCCGGCCCAACCAUACCAACCUCAAGGCCCCAGAAAAACCUACAUCACAGAUGUACCACCAAGCUUGGUUCCCUACACUGCUGGACCAGCUGUUCCACCAAAGGGCAGUGCUCACAUGGCCCACCCUGAGGACGAGCUGGAGCGCCUGACCAAGAAGAUGCUGUUUGACAUGGACAACCCACCAUCUGAGGAAUAUUUUGGGCGCUGUGCCAGCUGUGGAGAGAACGUAGUGGGAGAAGGCACCGGCUGCACCGCCAUGGACCAGGUCUUCCAUGUGGACUGCUUCGUCUGCAUGACCUGCAGCACCAAGCUGCGUGGCAAGCCUUUCUACGCUGUGGAGAAGAAGGCGUACUGUGAGCCUUGCUAUAUUAACACCCUUGAGACAUGCACCAUCUGCAGUAAGCCCAUCAUGGAGCGCAUCCUGCGGGCUACAGGGAAAGCCUACCACCCUCACUGCUUCACCUGCGUGGUGUGCCACCGCAGCCUGGACGGCAUCCCUUUCACCGUGGACGCUUCCAACCACAUCCACUGCAUCGAAGACUUUCACAAGAAGUUUGCUCCACGCUGCUGUGUGUGCUCUGAGCCUAUAAUGCCAGCUCCGGGUCAGGAGGAGACCGUCCGUAUUGUGGCCCUGGACCGCGACUUCCACGUGCAGUGUUACCGCUGUGAGGACUGUGGCUCUCUGCUCUCAGAGGGGGAUAACCAGGGCUGCUACCCUCUGGACUGGACACGUCCUCUGCAAAAACUGUAACAGCAGCCGCAUCCAGGACCUCACCGCCAAGGCCACCACCGACCUCUGAACACACGCCGCCCGCUCACCCAGAGCUCGCUCUCUCUCUCUCUCUCUUUCGCUCUCUCUCGCAAACAUACCGAUCCACAGAAGCUUGCAUUCCUCAGCAUAUAUAUAUAUAUAUGUGUGUGUGUGUGUGUAUCCCUCUCUAUAUAUUCACUUUCAGUAACAAGAGGUAGCAUCACAUGUUCAAAUGCAUACAUGUAUCUUUUAACUCAGUACAAUCACAGCAGGAGAGGCUGCGAGUUUUUAACUGUGUUGUUAAAGGAACGGUUCAAGAUUAUGGGAAAUACGCUAAUACACUUUGUUACCGAGAGUUAGAUGAGAAGAUCGUACGCUAAAUAUGAAGCCACAGUCAGCAGGCGCUUAGCUUAGCACAAACCUGGGAACAGAAAGGCUGGUUCCGUCCAAAGUUUGACAAAGACUGUGUCCUUGAGGAAGGAAGUCCUGAGAGGCAAGUGAGGAAAAAACCUUUCUAAUCAAAGUUUAUGACUUAAGAACAGGUGAAAUAAAAGGUUCCUGGAAAAACAUUUCACCUGCCAAAACCUUUUGAUAAUAACUUUUAUCCUGGAGAAAAAAACAUUUUAAAGAACUAAUGAAGAUUUUCCUGGAAAAAAACUAAUUUCCAUUCCUCUCUCUUUAUCAAGUCAGAAACGGCACAGAGAAAAGGAUUUGGAUCGGACUGAAUCACCAGCGUUUAUAUUCUCACUGGCCUCUCAGGGCUUCCGUAGCUCACGAUUUACCUCGCUCUAUCUAAUUGGCAGUUUCAGAGGUUCUGAGCGGCCGCAACUUGUCACUUUUAAACUUCUGUUUCUGUAUGUUAAAAACCCCAAACCAAGAUGGUAGUCUGUGUUGUUGUCCUCAUGUUUCCUGUCUUCAUGCUUUAUCUUUAAGCUGUAGCCAGUUAUUACCCAGACAGAUCAAAGUGAAUUAAAUCUUCUCAUCGAACUCUCUGCAAGAAAGCAAAUAUUUGUACUGCUUAAAACCACUUCACAUCUAUCACUUACCAGUAACAUUAUACAUCACCACUCAGAGUUAAUGUCUAAUAUCAUAAUCAUGACCAACCAGCAUGUUCUAGCCAGCGUGUGCAUGUCUGCAAAUGUUUCUCACUGACGGGUUCUUUUGAUCAAAAUGAGUCUGACUGGUGCAGAUGGAUGGAUCUGUGUAUGACUGUAGCUUUAUCAGUAUUUAGAAAAGACCAUACAGUGUGUUGGUGAGAACAUUCUUUGUAUUCUUUAGUGUUUCUCACAGUUCAGAUCCACAGACGGUACACGAAUAGGGAUAAUAUUUCACACAGAAGCUCAUUAUUUCAAAACAGUUCUGCAUAACUGAACACCAAAGAAUUGAGUUUAAACUGCCAUAUUUACUGUGUACGUAGUUUGUAAGCAACUAUUUAAAACAUUACGGGACCACAGGAACCACCCAUGUUCAGUGUCAAAGUCCUCAAUAGGCAGCUGUUGAAUGCAAUUAACCUUUUUAUCAAAAUGUUUUCUUUGUACUCUCCAAUCGAAUUGGCUUUUAUGUUUAUUAUUUCCUGUUGGCCUGAACAGUACAAUCAUGGCCCUACAUUCAUAUCAAUACGGCCUAAUAUUUGAGUUUAAUGAUAUAGUUGUUAGGCAGAUAAAUAUGUAACUUCUUCUCUCAUUUACACGACAUAGAUUAGCUUUGUGAUUGUUCCGUGAGCAGUCUGCUACAGAUAACGGAUUAGGGAUGGCUAUGCAAUUUUUGAUGUUGAUUGCAUCGACACUUUAUAAGAAAUUUUAUGAAUAAGGAAAUAUUUUACCUGUACAGAUUCAAGCAUAAGUGUCCUUAUAGUGAUCCUUUAAUCAAAACUAUGCUGUUGGUACUGUGUGACGUUGUGUCACUGUCCUGUAUGUCAGUAUUGAUUGUACCAUUGACACUUGUCUUUUAUUUUUAGUGUUUGUUUAAAGUUGAUGGGCGAAGAAGGGACCAGGAGAGUUUCCCCAAAAGUGACGGAUUUUAUUAUUUGUUCCAUCCAUGAAUCUCAGUCAGUGGACCAGUAGUCUGACUGUUAGAUUUGAUAGUUAGUUCAUUAUAAUUACUAGAGCAGUACGAUGUUUGUGAGUUAAAGGUACCCUGGGAGGUUUGUGACCACGCCUUGUUUUUAUGAAUGUGUUCCGAUAUAGUUUGAAUGUUGCAGGAACACAUGAGAGUCUGGGCCAAAGGGGCCGCAGGCAUCAUUUACAACUUUCUUUUAUUAAAUAAAUUCAACUGAACACAGAAGGCACCAAUAAAAACAUUGUUGAAGUGCAGUGAGUGCAAUAUCAGAAUUUUUGCGAUGUGUUCAACGCACAAGUUGAUAUCGCGAUGAUGAUAAAAAACUAUAUAUUGUAUCAUAUAAUCAGAACCUCUGUUGGAAGUGAUUGUAAGUAACACUUAAUACAGACAAAAAACAACCACAAAGAGACACAACGACUACAAAGAGACACAACGACUACACAAGUAGAAAAACAAACCACAAAGACUACUCUUUGAAAACACUGUUGUGUGUCUGGACAUGUUGUGUCUCUUUCGCUCUUGCUCCUAUGUAAGACGGGUGUGGCCUUUACAUGUCCGUGUCCAAGGGCCCGUUGUGUAAUAAGCUGUCCGUGGCUGUAGGCACAGAGCAUGUCGACAUGUGAUGCACAUUUUUUGCAGCUGGUUUCACGCUAUUCCGCUGAUCAACAGUUUGUGGAAACAAUGUGCGAAUAGACGCCGCAAUGCACCUGAAAAAUCAGUGAAGAAGAAAACUACAAGCUAGCAAACAUGUAAACGUGUAGAAACAAUCGGCUUUGUAAAUGUUUAUUGAGAAAGUAAAUGAAUUCAACACGUUGGCAUUUUAGUGUUUAUUUAGUUUACAAGAGAACUCCACAGGGUGCCUUUAAGCAACACGUCAACGUAGUUGAUGAGAACUGGUCGGUCUUUGUAUUAGUUGGAUCGGUUCACAGUAUUUCCCAAACCCCGGGUACAGAUGUGUUGUGCAUGUGGAUGGACAUAAUAUGAACAAAGCAAUUCAUUCUAAUUUUCAGAGAAUUCUCUUCACUGAUUUCCCGUACACAGUGAGGAGAGGUGUCUCGUGCCAUUUGGAUACCAGAAAGGGAUUGCAGCAACACGUAUCUAUUGUAAUCAGUCUGCUUACAUCAAAGCCUUUGUGACCAAUGUUUUAACCAGAGUAACACAUUGUAAAUAACUGUGCUAAUAAGCCCGUUAAUAAGAAGAACAUGACCUUUGCGAGGACACGUUUUCUACAUACAAGUAUAGAAAACAGUCGACAGUUUAUAAUCUAAAGGAGUAUUUAAUAUUUCCCAAAAACAGUCAAAGCUCUGCACUGCUGGUCCUAUCGGAGGUUAGGCAGCCUCCACUCCAUGUCCUCAGGAAUCUGUACAUCAAUAUUUGGAGCGCAGUUCACUGCUCGCACGUAAAAACCAAAAGACUUUAAGGGAAAGUGCAGAAAAAACAUUGGCAUGUUAUAAAUGAACAGUCUCACAAAACCUUAAACUGGUCAUCUCCAGCAGCUUUUAUUUAGUAUUAUCAGUUAUUAAAAAUAGAUUAAUAUAAAUAGAUCAAACUGUGAAAAAACAUUCAAAUGUGCACGUUUCCCUAGUUACAGAAGUUUUACUCUCUACAACAGCAGCUACAUUCAGUCCAUCACGUUGGUCCAUUCGCAGUGGACUGAGUCAUCUGAUUAAUGGUUGUUGGGCAACGAAAGACCGGCUCUUUACAACAUUAUGUCACGUGUAGCUAGGGUUCAGCUCUGUUGCUGGGGUACAGGGCCUUCUGACCCGCUGGGAUCGUUGCACAGCCGUGUUAAAGCUGCAUCAGGGGGUGAAAACACAAAUGAAGAUUUCAAGGCGACUAAACAGGCAGAUAUUAAAAAUCCUACAGCUGAACACAGAUAAUGCAGUGAUGUCAUUUAUUCUAAUUCAGGUGCUUUUCAUUGCCAAUUGUCUCUACAAACAGUCCGAGCCCAGUAGCCCUGUCAGUCAGUAAGUGGACCUUUGUGCUUUGGAUUUCCUCCAAAGUCUUUUCUGAAGCUAAAAUGGUAUCCAUUAUUCAGAUCCGCCUCUGGUUCUUACUCUACAGGAAAACAUGUCAUUGCAAUACUGCAGCAAUAUGUAGUAGGAGCAUUUGCUGUGCUUUCAGGCAUGACCAUCGCACAGUUGAAUCAUUCUAGUGUUGUGUUUAACUUAAUUGGUGACAGUGUGAGGAAGGAUGCAGUAAUUACAUCAACAUCAUGUAAAAGUGUGGUUGCAGAACGUGUGCUUCCCACGGUCGAACUAGAAAUUCAGUAUGAUGUUUGGCAAAUGUAUAAACAAUAAUUUAUUUUAUGUAAUGCAUGACCAAUUAGAGUUGUUGUUUGAAGCACAUGUUCACUUUGUGCUUGUUUAAGAAGAUAUGCCAGUGUUAUACACCAGAGAGAAGAACUGUAGCUGGUAAAGAACGUGAGGUCAUUUUAAAGCUGCACAUGUAUGUUUUAUAAUAAUGUGUAAAUGAUGUCACUCAUAGUGACGAACCCAUCAGCAAACAUCAAACACAGGGACGUUAGCAACAGCUGGUGAACAUAGUGGAGCAAGUGUCGUGUUGCGUUGCACCUGAUGCCGCUUUAAGCAGAUCAUUUUAUAUAGAAAAUAAAUGAGCAAGUGCCAUUUUAAAUGAUCGUGCAAACUGCUCAGUAAACAAUGAAAUAUUAUUAUAUCUAAAGUACAGAAGCCCUGAAAGGCAAGUGAGAAAAACUAGAUCUAAAUGAUUUUCUCUCCUGUGGUUAUGACCUAACAGCUGAAAAAAAGGUUUCAUGAAGAUAAUCUGUGAAAACAGGUUAAAACUGAAGCUUUUGGCCAUUGAAUUUAGUUUUUUCUGGAUAAUCUUUGCGUUUGUUGUUGUAACACUCGUUUCGGCCACAAGAAGCUGCAGUGCACCGCUAUCGUAUACUCAAGUAGGACUAAAAGCAUCCAUGUUUCCUUCCAGGUGACUUUUAAUUUCUCAAUGCACUCUAAACACGAGGUACAUAUAUUGUGUGUUAGCAAGUUAUGCAACGUCACUGUGUGUCUUUCUAAAUACAUUUCUAGACAAAAAAAACUAUUUUGAUCAGACUUGAGGCUUAGGGCUUCCAUACUAAGGUCUUCUUCUGGUUUUAAAGUAUUGGCUCAUUAGCACAGUUUUGUACAAAGUGAACCUCAGUCACAGAGUUAAACCUCAAUGUGCCAUGAAAGCAGUGUUAAACUCUCCUGCUUACGGUAUCUGUAUGGACAGUCUGUGGACACAUCACACAUCUGACAUGCAGCUUGAUGCUACAAGUAUAAAGAAAAGUUUGUAAUGAUUUUUUUAUUUGUUCUGUGUAUUUGUGUUUGUCUCCUGUCUUUGUUCUACCCAUGUUUGUAAAAGUGCCUUUGGCUGAGCGGUAUUGAAUCACCAUACUGCUGCUGUGUUUUUCCUAUCGUGCUGUGCCGUGCCAUGCCGUGCUCAAAGAUGUUGCCAUGUUAACUUUUCUUCACCAAAGUAAAUAAGAUGUUUCCAUCAGGCGCGGCCCUAAAUGAGUGUGAAACUCGCCUUCAAGAGCUUGACCCUCUGCCGUUAAAGUAAAGCAUCUCAUCUGUUCUUGAUCUUUGUCAGGGGGCAUGCAGUCAAAUGGUGUUUGUUUAUUUUCUUUCUUCAAUAAAAGCUUUGCAAUAGCA